GACAAGCCCAUCUCCACAUCUCUCUCUCUCUCUCUCUCUCUCUCUCUCUCUAAGUUCAGACCAGACGGCGACAAAACUUAGCUCCGACAAAGCAAAACCCAAGCCGCACACGCGCACGAGCAGAGCGAUACACAAGACAGCCAUGGCGCUGAUUCCAUCUGACCCCAUCGACGACGGCCGCUCCCUCCCCCUCAUCGCCGAGGUCAACAUGUCCUCCGACUCCUCCUCCGCCGCCGCCGCCUUCGUCCGCGCCACCGUCGUCCAGGCCUCCACCGUCUUCUACGACACCCCCGCCACUCUGGAUAAGGCGGAGAGAUUGCUGGCCGAGGCGGCGUCGCACGGGUCUCAGCUGGUCGUCUUCCCCGAAGCCUUCGUCGGCGGUUACCCCCGCGGCUCCGAUUUCGGCGUCACCAUCGGGAAUCGCACGGCGAAAGGCAAGGAGGAGUUCCGCAAGUAUCACGCCUCCGCCAUUGAUGUCCCAGGCCCUGAAGUUGAUCAGUUAGCGGCGAUGGCUGGAAAAUAUAAAGUGUACCUAGUGAUGGGGGUGAUAGAGAGAGAUGGAUAUACAUUAUAUUGCACAGUCCUGUUUUUUGAUCCUCAAGGUCGUUUCCUUGGGAAGCACCGCAAAGUCAUGCCCACGGCUCUGGAGCGUGUCAUCUGGGGAUUCGGGGAUGGGUCGACCAUUCCGGUGUUUGAUACUCCGAUUGGGAAAAUCGGUGCGGCCAUUUGCUGGGAAAAUAGAAUGCCACUUCUGAGGACAGCAAUGUAUGCUAAAGGUGUUGAAAUAUAUUGUGCACCGACAGCUGAUGCCAGGGAUAUUUGGCAAGCAUCUAUGACACAUAUUGCUCUUGAGGGUGGAUGUUUUGUUUUAUCAGCCAACCAAUUUUGUCGUCGGAAAGAUUACCCACCUCCACCAGAGUAUGUUUUUGCAGGAACCGAUGAUGAUCUUAACCCAGAUUCUGUCAUAUGUGCUGGAGGCAGUGUAAUUAUAUCUCCGUCAGGAAAUGUUUUGGCCGGACCCAAUUACGAUGGCGAGGCACUUAUCUCAGCUGACCUUGACCUUGGAGAAAUAGUGCGGGCCAAGUUUGAUUUUGAUGUGGUUGGGCAUUAUUCGAGGCCUGAGGUGCUUAGCCUGAUCGUGAAGGACCAUCCUAGUAACCCUGUUACCUUUGCAUCAACAUCCGGCAAGCCUGAAGGCCCUUAUAAAUAGGUUGUGUUUUCUUUCAUGGAGCCAGGUCCGUAUCAUGGCGAAUAAUGCCGAGAAUGUUGCUGCCAGUGGAAACCUCCUCAUUGUUUGUUUCAAAUUUUUCGACUUCAUGGGCUAUUGUAAAUUCUGAUUGCAAGCGACAUUGUUCAUAAGUGCUCUGCUUGAUAGUUGAGGAAGCGAUGCUAUAUUUCAGUUGCGCAGCAAACAUGUCUCUACUCUGUGCAAGACAACUCCGUGUAAUUAGUCUCUAUCUUGGUAAUGAAAUGAGAACAUUAAUGGCUUUUCUCAUGGAUUAA